CCAACACCAUUUCUUUCUUUUUCUUGUUUUCUCUUCUCAGGUAAGAAAUCGGCAAGAAAUCUUGUUUCAUUUCUGGAUACCAUCAUCUUCCCUGAUAGCCAAUCACAAAUCUAAGUCUGGGGUUACCGGCGGGCGUAUCUUUGCCGGUCCAAGAUGGAACCACCAGAGCUGGAAAACCCACAGUCAAAAAAUAUGCAGGAGGAAAGGUCUGAUGAGGAUGCAAGCGACCAUGACAGCGAAGAAGAAGAAUGUGAUGUAGCCGAGAUGAAGAAAACAAGAAGCAAGUCUCUGGUUGAGUUCCGAUUCAGGGUGGAAGAAGCAAUUCGUGGAAACUAUCUUCUUGGCAGAAAGAACGACGAAGGCGAAAAUGCUGAGAAUUUCAGGGACAUCAGGUUGUGGGGUGUGCCUUUGUUGCCCAGUCAUGGCCACGAGGGAACAGAUACUGUUCUGAUGAAGUUCUUGAAAGCCAAGCGUUACAAGGUGCACGAGGCGUUCACGUUGCUCCGCAAGACCCUCAAAUGGCGGGGCGAUUUUCGGCCUGAUGAAGUUGUUGGUGAAGAGUUUAGGCCCGAGAUCAUUGACUUGUGGUUCACAAGCGGAAGGGAUAAAAUAGGCCGCCCUUUGUGUUACAUUAUUUUGGGGAAGGAAUGGCAGAAGAAAAUGUUGAGCACAGAGGAGUAUUUGAGGUGGAGGGUUCUGUGUCUGGAAAAAGGAAUUCAAAAUCUGAGUUUUCGACCAGGUGGUGUGGAUUCUCUUAUUCAGAUCAUUGAUUUGAAGAAUUCUCCUGGAACUGCGUCAAAGGAGGUCAAAUUGAUCUGCAAGAGGAUCAUAGCUAUGCAUCAGGAUAACUAUCCAGCCCUUGUCUACAAGAAUUUGAUCAUAAAUGUUCCGUCUUGGUUUAUGGCUCUCAACACUUUAAACCUACGGCUGAUCACACAAAAAAGCAGGAAUAAAUUCAUAUUUGUGAAGUCAUCAAGAGUCACAGAAACACUUCUCAAGUAUGCCACAGCAGAAAACUUACUAGUCGAAUAUGGUGGCCUGAAAAGAGAAAAUGACACCGAGUUCUCAACAGAUGACAAAGUUCUUGAAGUAAAUAUCAGGCCAGGUACCACCGAGGUCAUUCAGAUACCAGCCAAUGAGGUAGGGGUAACUGUGACAUGGGAUGUGACUGUGGUUGGAUAUGAAGUGGGAUACAAAGAAGAAUUUGUACCAGACGACGAUUGCUCAUACAUUGUCUUGAUUCAGGAGAAGAAAAUGUUAGAGAGCAUCAGAAAUUCCUUUCAUAUAAGGGAACCAGGGAAAUUAGUCAUAACUAUAGUUAACGGAGCAUACACAAAGAAAAAGGCUUUCUAUAGGUACAAGAGCUGCCCCAGUGUGCCUAUGUAUAUGUUGAUUAAGUCAUAUAAGCCUUCUCUCACCCUGUAAUCCGAUUCCAAGUUACUCCCACUUUGGUCGAUCUUUUGUUGUUCAAUGCAAAAAAGUGGGCUGUUUGAACUUUUAAAAGAAGGAUGUAAGCAAUUCAGCAUAAUUUGCUGUCAAACUUGUUUUGUUUUAGUUGAUAACCACACUGUAUGCUUAUAACUUGUCUGUUGUGUUUCUGUCAAGAUUAAUUAGGCA